AGCACGCUUUAGUUAUAUCUUUAAAGUCAGCUUGCAAAGGUAUGUCUCUUGUCAGUUGUGAGUGCAUUGCAAGCAAGAUCAGUAAAUUGCUGAACAACUCGUUACAUACAGUAUGGAAUUACAAAACAGCUCAAGUGCGCCUCCAAACAGCACCAAACAACCAUGGAAUGGAUCGAAGUUAAAUUAUCAAACCGACCUAAAAGAUAGAAGCAAUGAAAAUGUAUUUAUGACUUUUCAGUCUAAGGAACCAAUCAUCUCCAUUCCCAUGCAUGAAAAGGAGCCCAAAGAUAAAGUUCCGGGGAGUGGAGGUGGACACGGUCAUGGUAUUUCCGUUGAACAUCCUACGUCAUAUGGAGAGACCUUGAUGCAUCUCUUCAAGGGAAAUGUAGGAUCAGGGAUCUUCGCGAUGGGAGAUGCCAUUCGAAAUGCCGGAAUACUUGUGGGACCGGGAAUUGUGUUAUUACUAGGAAUCAUUUGUGUUCACUGUCAACAUUUACUGUUAUCGGUCGCUUUAAAAAUGAAGGCUAAAAAAGAAGUAAACAUACCUCCAGAUUUUGCCGAAACAGUAGAACUUUGCUUCUCCACGGGUCCUCCAGCUAUGCAAAGAAUAGCAAAGUAUAUGAAAAGGCUCGUGAAUAUUUUCCUGUGCGUGACGCAGUUAGGUUUUUGCUGUGUCUACUUUGUUUUCAUAUCUGAAAACGCCAAACAGGUUUUAGAUUAUUACGGAUAUGUAAUGGACGUCCAUCUCCACAUGGCAAUUUUUUUACUGCCAAUUCUUUGCACAUCUCUGAUACGUAAUUUGAAGUAUCUGGCGCCAUUUUCCACUAUUGCCAACAUUUUUAUGUUAAUGGGAUUAAUUAUUACAGUUUACUACACAUCUCAGGAUUUACCACCGAUCUCUGAGCGACAGUAUGUAGCAAGUUUGUCUCAGUUUCCUUUGUUCUUUGGAACGGCGGUAUUUGCGUUUGAAGGAAUCGGACUUGUUUUGCCAUUACAAAAUGAAAUGAAAAAUCCGGCAGAUUUCAAAAAACCGUUAGGUGUUCUCAACGUUGGGAUGUGCGUAGUUAUGUUGUUAUUGGUCAUGAUUGGCUCUUUAUCAUACUGGCAUUAUGGUGAAGACAUCAAGGGUAGCGUUACUCUUAAUCUGCCUGAAACCGAGAUCUUGGCUCAGUCUGUGAAAAUAAUCAUCUCAUUAGGGAUCUUGUUCACGUACGCCUUACAGUUUUACAUUGCUGUAGAGAUUAUGUAUCCUAAUCUCCAGAGCCUUCUGGGUCCUUUCAAGUAUCCAGUUUUCGCUGAAUUAACUUUUAGAUCUGUUUUAGUGUUACUAACAUUUGUCCUUGCCGAGGCAAUUCCAUUCCUAAAUCUUUUUAUUUCAUUGGUGGGGGCAAUUAGUAGUUCUGCUCUGGCUUUACUUUUCCCCCCCGUUUUGGAUCUUGUUACGAGUUACAGUUUUGGAGAUCUAAAACCUGUGACAGUUUUUAAAAAUGUGAUAAUUUUAUUUAUUGGAUGUGUAGGAUGUGUCACUGGAACGUAUGAAAGUAUAAACUCGAUAAUUAGCGCUUUCGACAAACAAUAACAUUAAUUUUUAUUGAAGACUGUUAGUCAGUAAGUGACGUUCUAUCGGGAUAGUGGUUGUAUUUUAAUCAUUUAUUUAUUAUGUACAUGUUGUGUAUCAUAGUGUAGAAAACAUUUUAUUAUAAGUGAUCCUUAAUUUUGUAAAAUCUGAUUAGUGAUAAAUAUUUUCGAAUAUGAAA